UCACGAGCUACCCCUGGGCCAAGAUUGACUGCUCCUGGUGAACACUUACUUGUAGCACUAUGAGCAGAGCCGAGGUUGAUGGGCGGUACUUCGUGCUGGAAGUAUCCGCGUCACGUCUAGUCUAAAGCCCGAAGAUACCUUAAUCGCUUUUGAUGGGGAACGGAGCACAACAGCUCUAGCACCUUCGCUGCUUCCACCACGAAUACCUCGGUUGCCUCCAUGGAAACUUCCUUUGCUCCAACAAUGCCGGGUCACUUCUCAACAACAGUCAAGGUCAUAAGGCGAUUCUCCCUCCAUCCCCCCCUUCCGUGACGUCCACCAGCCGGUCGAUCCGAGGUCCGAAGACGCAGCGCAGCGCAGCGAGCCGAAGCAAAGAUGGCCGAUCACCCGGUGCAACUGAGCUGGUCGGCAUCAUUUCGCGUCUCCCGUGCUUUGCACACAGCUAGCCGAGACUUGCGGGGAGACAAGAUCCUUCUUCCGCAAUCAGCACUCGAACAGCUGCUGGCCGCGUCCACCACCACCGGCCCUUCCACGUCCCACACUUUCACUGCUUUCGAUCCCUUCAACCCCUAUUCGGUGGCCGAUGCCCGCCGAGAACGUUCUCAGUACCGCGAGACCUACCAACAACUGCCCCACCCGCUGAUGUUCCAGCUGGUCAACCAGAAGAAUGGAAAUGCCGUAUACGCCGGGAUCCGCGAGUUUUCUGCGCCGGAGGGCGAGGUGGCCCUGAGCCCUCACCUCCUUGAUGCCCUAGGGAUUCGGGACACGGAUAUACCGGGUACGCCUCCGGCCGCCGAUGGGGCGGAGGAUGUUGCCCAAGAUGGGAAUGAGAACAGGCCCACGGGUGAAGGAAUCCAGAUUACCGUCAGAGCUAGGCAGCUGCCCAAGGGGACGUACGUGCGCCUGCGUCCGUUAGAGGCUGGCUACGACCCUGAUGAUUGGAAGCCUUUGCUUGAGAGACAGCUUCGGGAAAGCUACACCACGCUCACGAAGGGCUCGAUCCUAUCUAUUCGGGGUGGCAAGGGGGAAGAAUUCCGGCUUUUGGCAGACAAGUUCCAGCCAGAGGGGGAUGGGAUCUGCGUUGUUGAUACGGACCUGGAGGUCGACAUUGAGCCGCUCAACGAGGAACAGGCGCGGGAAACCCUCCGGAAGAUAGCUGCAAAGGCGCAACGAGCUCCAGGGACCUCAGCCGGCAGUUCGAUUGGACAUCAGAUGGACAUUUGGAAGGAUGUUGAGGGCCAGGUCUUGGAGGGAGACUACGUCGAUUACGAAUUGCCAUCAUGGGACAGGGCUCGCGCACUCGUGAUCCAAUUGUCGGUCCACGACGCCGGCGAAGUUGACCUCUUUGUUAGCCCCAAAACGAACCGUCAGCGGGCAUUGCCGCGAGACAGCGAGCAUACGUUUGGCGACUUCUCUUCGCCGAAAGACGGUGUCAAGCGCAUCCUUAUCCAGCCGACAAACGCUGAACUUGAAGGUGCGGAGAGCCUGCUGAUCUCCGUCCACGGAUUUUCCCUUCCCGGGUCCGAUUCUUCAGGGCAAACGCCACAUCGCUACACGCUCCGCGCUCGAGCAGUCGACUCUCAAGAGCCGGGUGCCGCGCCUGUUGACCUCGUCAGCUCGCCAUCUUCCUCGGACGAGCAGCAGUGUCGAAAUUGCCUGCAGAUGAUCCCGAAGCGGACCAUGGUUCUUCACGAGAAUUUCUGUCUCAGGAACAACGUCGUCUGCUCGCAGUGCAAAAUCGUAUUUCAGAGGAAGUCCGCAGAGUGGCAGAACCACUGGCAUUGUCCCACGCAUCCGGAGGCGUACGGCUCUGACCCGCAGAGCAAAGCGAAGCACGAUUAUGUCCAGCACACCAAGCAUACGUGCCCUUCUUGCGGGCCCUCGAGCCCCUUCACGUUCCCCUCCCUCCCCGAACUCGCCCGCCACCGCACGACCGUCUGCCCAGGCAAGCUCAUCCUCUGCCAAUUCUGCCACCUGGAAGUGGCCCAGGAAGGCGACCCGCUCGAUCCGUCCUCCGAAGCCGAAACGGCCAUCUCGGGUCUCACCGCCCACGAGCGAGCCGACGGGGCGCGCACCACCGACUGCCACCUCUGCGGCGCCAUCGUCCGGCUCCGGGACAUGGCGGCCCACGUGGCGCAUCACGAGCUGGACAAAGCCACGCGGCCGAAGCCGGCGAUCUGCCGCGACACGCUCUGCGGCCGCACCCUCCAUGGCGUCGGCCCGCGCGGCCAGAUCAACGGCGGCACCCGCAUGGGCCAGGGCCCCGGCAACGACCUGGGCCUGUGCAGCCUCUGCUUCGCGCCGCUGUACGUGGCCAUGCACGACCCCGAGGGCAAGGCCCUGCGCCGCCGCAUCGAGCGCCGCUACCUCACCCAGCUGAUGACGGGCUGCGGCAAGAAGUGGUGCCUGAACGAGUGGUGCAAGACGGGGCGCGCCAACCGUGGGCUGGAGAAGCUGGGCGCGAGCGCCGCCGCCGCGCUGCCGCUGGUCAAGCCGCUGCUGGAGGAGAUUGGGGACCGCGGGCGGCCGAUGCACUUCUGCGUCGACGAGGCUUCGCAGCGGCGGAGGAAGACGGCCGAGAUGCUGGCGGCCGAGGGCGUGUGGGAGCUGGAGUGGUGCGUUGCCGCGCUGGAGGCCGAGGGCGGCAGCCUGGAGAAGGCGAGGGGCUGGCUGGCCGACUGGGCGCCGACGAAGGUGGCGGCGAAGCGAUGAUUGUACCCUCUUAGCGUGUUUGUAUAGACUGGUUAUGAAGGCAAAUGGAUGAUACCCUGCCAUGAUAGACCUGUUGCACAGCCAGUAUGUCCUGCUGUGUAGUGCCGAGGACUAAACGCUACAUAUAUGCUUGGUGAUACAAUUGCCACAGGAGUCGGAAAACUCCUACUUUAGUCAUCUUAAUCAGUACCGUUAUGAGGUUGCGCUAGCUUGUGUACUCACCAGCGCUGGAGGCAGAACAGCGUUACGGCUUGUUGGGAACCCAACCUCGAUGGCUCUUCUCGGUCGUGAAGGAGGCAUGGCGCAUCUUAAUAGGAGAUCGUGGGCUUUACAGCAUAAGAUCA